UUUUUCUGGCCCCAGAGCCAGUUCUUUGUCAGUGGAAACAGAAAACCCGGUUCCAAACUAAGCACUGGCCCCGAACCAGCCCUGGAACUGCUUUGGUGGAAAAGGGGCAAUGGACGAUGCUUGGACUGAUAAAAGAAACAGACUCUGUUGCAAUGGUGAAGGCUGAGCUUCAAGUCAGGCUAAACUUUCAGUUGUCCUGUACUGAGUUCAAGACAUUCAUUGAAAAUCAGCCAGGACUCAUAGCAGCAGCAAAGAAAAACACCAAAUAUAAAUGGAAGAUUAGCCAAGAGCAGCAGAGGCACAGGCAAGCACAAGCAAAGCACACACCACACACUAAGCAAUCAGCAGUUUAAAAUGACUCAGACACCACUUCUGUCGCUGCCGAAGUUUCACAAAGUCUCUACUGGAAGCCUGGUUGUUAAAGAGGCUUUGAACUUCUGGGGUGGAACUCGAGUUCAAGGCAAUGACACAAAGAACUCUGAACCAGUUUAUGAACCCGCAACUGGCCGUGUGCUGUGUGAUUUGAUUCCUUGUGGGGAGGAGGAAAUUGAUCAGGCCAUAAAGAGUGCACACACUGCUUACUUAAAAUGGAGUAAACUCUCAGGUUUGGAGAGAGCUCGGAUCCUGCUGGAGGCUGCACGGAUUAUUAGGGAGCGCAGAGAUCAAAUUGCUGUCCUGGAAGUGAUCAAUAAUGGAAAAAGCAUCACUGAAGCUAAGGUGGACAUUGAUGUGGCCUGGCAGUGUAUUGAGUACUAUGCUGGAAUUGCUCCCACACUAGCAGGCCAGCACAUUCAACUUCCCGGAGGCUCUUUUGCAUACACUCGUAGAGAGCCCCUGGGUGUAUGUGUGGGAAUUGGAGCAUGGAACUAUCCUUUCCAGAUUGCUGCAUGGAAAUCAGCCCCGGCACUAGCAUGUGGUAAUGCCAUGGUGUUUAAGCCAUCUCCCAUGACUCCAGUGACAGCAGUCAUUUUGGCAGAGAUCUAUAAAGAAGCUGGUGUGCCUGAUGGGCUGUUUAAUGUGGUGCAGGGAGCAGCGGAGACUGGAUCACUGCUGUGCCACCAUCCUAUGGUAGCCAAAGUGUCCUUCACUGGUAGCGUGCCUACUGGCAAGAAGGUCAUGGAGAUGUCUGCGAAAGGUGUGAAGCAGGUGACCCUGGAGUUGGGAGGAAAGUCACCACUUAUCAUCUUUAAAGACUGUGAACUGGAGAAUGCUGUCAGAGGGGCUCUAAUGGCUAACUUCCUUACCCAGGGAGAGGUGUGUUGCAAUGGGACACGGGUCUUCGUGCAGAGGGAGAUUAUGAAGCCUUUUGUAGAGGAGGUUGUGAAGAGAACCAAGGCUAUCGCUGUUGGAGAUCCUUUGCUGGAUGGGACACGGAUGGGUGCUCUGAUCAGCAAACCCCACAUGGAGAAAGUACUGGGCUUUAUUAACAAAGCUAAAGAACAGGGAGCCACAGUGCUAUGUGGUGGAGAGCCAUUUGUUUCCAGUGACCCCAAACUGAAAGGAGGCUACUUCUUGUCCCCAUGUGUAUUGGAUAACUGUAGGGAUGACAUGACCUCUGUGAAAGAAGAAAUCUUUGGGCCUGUCAUGUCCAUUUUGUCAUUUGACACAGAAGAGGAGGUUUUGCAAAGAGCCAACAAUACAACUUUUGGUCUGGCAUCUGGAGUCUUUACCAGGGAUAUUUCUCGAGCCCACAGAGUGGCUGAAAACCUUCAAGCUGGAACAUGCUUCAUCAAUAAUUAUAAUGUCAGUCCAGUGGAGGUCCCAUUUGGAGGCUACAAGAUGUCAGGAUUUGGCAGAGAGAAUGGAAUGGUGACAAUUGAAUAUUACUCCCAGCUGAAAACUGUUGUGGUGGAAAUGGGAGAUGUCGAUAACUACUUCUAAAAGACUGCAAUCCUGCAAUAUGACUGUUGCCAUUCGAAAGGAAAGCUGUGCUGAUGUUUACUAAAUAUGAACCCAUAGAUAAGUUUAGCAAACUUGUACCUGAUGAACCAAUUUCAAAUACUCUAAAGUAGUUCUGAGCCAAAACUAUCACAAGCAAGUGCCUAAUACACUGUCACAUUUGCAAUUAAGAUAUUCUUGCAUUCCUACAGUACAUCUAAGCUGCCUUUUUUUUUUUUGUAGCAUGUUCAGUGUAGGAAGUGUUUUUUGACUUUAGUGAAUGAGUAGCCUAUUGUCAUACUGUUAUCUACCAGUGUAAACCAUUGUGAAUUUUUUUUUUUUUAAACUAAACAUGACCCACAUAUUUGGAAUUAAAUUUGCAAGUGUUAAGAGUU